AUGGCUUCUACGAGCAGACUCGAAGAAGAUGAUGAUGGUAAGAAGAGGAACACCACAAGGUCGACAAGAGAACAAUUAAAUCCUCUGAAGCAGAUCUGCAGAGGAAACGUGACAGGUGAACUUAGCAACUCAAUUGCAGAAGAUACAUCUAAUCGACUCAGAUUUGAGAGGAUAACUGAACACACAAAUUCUGUGAACCAAAGCCCAACAGAUGCCAUCAGGAGGGGUUCAGCUGGACCAGUGGGGACCAUGAUGCUCCUGAAGUCACGUCAGCGACUCCAUGCCCCAUUUACCCAAGGUCCACCUCUUAUGACUGAAGACAUGCAUGAAGAAAGACUCCAGGCUGUUGAGGCGUUUGGUGAUUCCCUUGGAAAGAUAGAAGCAUAUAGUUUUGUAAACCUAUCUUCCAUACAUCACUUGCUCCUUGUUUCUAUCUUGUUUCCUGAUCUCACAAAGGUGAUUGCAGACAUGUCAGCAUUCGAAGCAGCAAACCCAGAUGCGGUUUUUGAGGACUUUAUCAGAUGGCAUUCGCCUGGCCCCAUCACGGAAGGCUUGAAAGAUAAAUGGCCUCCUCGUGGCCACCUUUCUCAAUGGAUGUCUGAUCAAGGAAAUCUGUGGAGAAAAAGUUGGAACGAUGCACCAGCGUUGCCAGCCGAUGACCAAAAGCCCCUCUUAGACCCAAACCGAGAGGGAGAGAAGAUUCUUCAUUACCUGGAAACAGUGUGGCCUCACCAGCUUCUUGAGCAAAUGGUCUGCACAGCCUUCAUAGGAUCAGCUGAUACUCUUAACCAGACAAACUUCGGGGACAUGAAACAAAUGACCUCUAAAUUGGAGCAACUCUACCUCAUCAUCAAAUCUACUUUAGGGGCACUACAACUGUGCAAAAUGGUUAUGGAGGAGUAUGGAAGACACAACGACCCUCACGCCUCGUCUCAAUGCAUCUGCAAUGGGAAGGUCACUGCACUCGCUACUGAGCUGAUUUCCAGUUAA